AACCCUUUCAUUUUCAUCUCUCUGCAGCUAUGACAGAGACAUAAUUCCUACGCUUCAUUUUUGACCUGAAUCCGCAUUUUGGCUAAACCCACCCAGACGUGUUCUACAAUAUAUUUUCCCUUCUUUGCACCCAUUACAAUAAUAGAAACCCAGCAGAGCCCAUCUUUAGUUUUGUGUCUGCAGCCUUUCUCUUAUGCACUCCGCUUCAGAUUGUUCCGUCCGUUCACUCAGUCACUGCAGAGUAACAGAGGCUCCAAAAGAUUGAAGAUCAAACCUUUUUCAAAUAUCCGGCGAAACGUCGCCGGCCGGCGAUUGUGCUUGACACGCCGCAGAUUUUGCCUAUUAUUAUUACGUAGAUGUCAACAUAAAUUGGAGUUUCUACCUCGGUUGACUCGGGACGAGUAAACAAAAAAAAAAACGAUUUAAAAAAUUUUUCACGCCACGCAGUGUUUACAUAGUCUCUUUAAGAUUUGAAAAAAGUAUAUAUGUUAUCUUCACGUCCGCAACAGUUUAUAUAAUUCCGAAGGAGAAAUUGAAGGGGAGAGUCUCUGGACAGAGUGGUUUCUUUUUUCUUUUCUUUUUUUGAUUUUUUAUUUUCGUCUGUCCCUUUUUGGGUAACUCACAACUAAUGGCGGCGGCAUUGGUGGGUGAUGAUCUGGCGAGGUCCGCGAGUAGCCGGAGCUGGGCGUCGGCGAGCGUCCGGGCGGCCUGGGCAGCGUCGCCGGACGUUUUCAGCCGCAGUGAGCGGCGAGAGGAAGACGAGGUGGAGCUCCGGUGGGCGGCCAUAGAGCGGCUGCCGACGUACGAUCGGCUGAGGAAAGGGAUGUUGAGACAAGUUCUUGAUAAUGGGAGGGUGGUUCAUGAUGAGGUUGAUGUUGCAAAACUUGGGAUACACGAAAAGAAGGUAUUAAUGGACAGCAUACUUAAAGUGGUGGAAGAAGACAACGAAAAGUUCCUCAGGAGUUUAAGAGACCGAACUGAUAUGGUUGGAAUUGAGACUCCAAGGAUUGAAGUGAGAUAUGAGCAUUUAUCAGUGGAUGGAGAUGUGCAUGUUGGGAGGAGAGCUCUUCCCACUUUGUUUAAUUCUACCUUGAACACAAUCGAGGGAGUUCUUGGAUUGGUUGGACUUGCCCCAUCUACGAAGCGAAAAAUCCACAUACUUCGUGAUGUUAGUGGGAUAGUGAAAUCAUCAAGGAUGACCCUGCUUCUGGGUCCUCCGUCCUCAGGUAAAACAACAUUGCUUCUGGCACUUGCGGGGAAGCUUGAUAAGAAUCUUAGGGUAACAGGGAAGAUCACCUACUGUGGUCAUGAAUUGAGUGAAUUUGUCCCUCAGAGGACCUGUGCCUAUAUCAGUCAACAUGAUCUUCAUUAUGGACAAAUGACAGUGAGAGAGACAUUGGAUUUCUCAGGACGCUGUUUGGGGGUUGGCACAAGGUAUCAUAGGCUAGUAGAACUCUCGAGGCGAGAGAAAGAAGCGGGAAUCAAACCAGAUCCUGAGAUAGAUGCGUUCAUGAAGGCCACAGCAUUGGCAGGCCAAAAAACCAGUUUGGUUACUGAUUAUGUUCUCAAGAUACUAGGAUUGGAUAUUUGUUCUGAUACUAUGGUUGGUGAUGAAAUGCGAAGGGGAAUAUCUGGUGGACAAAAGAAACGUGUGACAACUGGAGAGAUGUUGGUUGGACCAGCAAAGGCUCUUUUUAUGGAUGAAAUAUCAAACGGGCUGGACAGUUCCACAACUUUUCAGAUUGUCAAAUUCAUGAGGCAAAUGGUUCACAUUAUGGAUGUAACCAUGAUCAUUUCCCUUCUACAGCCUGCACCUGAGACAUUUGAUCAAUUUGAUGACAUUAUCCUUCUUUCGGAAGGUCAAAUUGUUUACCAUGGUGCACGCGAGGGUGCUCUUGAGUUCUUUGAAUACAUGGGUUUUAAAUGCCCUGAAAGGAAAGGAGUUGCUGACUUCUUGCAAGAAGUAACUUCGAAGAAGGACCAAGAACAAUACUGGUUUAGGGGGAAUGAGACUUACAGAUAUAUCUCAGUUUCUGAGUUUGUGCAGGCUUUCAAUUCUUUCCGCUUGGGCCAGCAGCUUUCAUCUGAGCUGCAGGCUCCUUUUGAUAAAUCCAGAAUGCAUCCUGCUGCACUAGAGAAACGGAAGUAUGGUAUCUCCAACCAGGAACUCUUCAGGGCAUGCUUCUCAAGGGAAUGGCUAUUGAUGAAGCGAAGCUCUUUUGUAUAUAUAUUCAAGAUCACCCAGAUUACCAUCAUGGCAUUAAUUGCCAUGACUGUGUUUUUGAGGACAGAAAUGCCUCAUGGCCAUUUAGCAGAUGGGGGAAAAUAUUUUGGAGCUCUGUUCUUUAGUCUCGUCAAUGUGAUGUUUAAUGGGAUGGCAGAGCUAGCAAUGACUGUUUUCAGGCUUCCAGUCUUCUAUAAGCAGAGAGAUUUCUUGUUCUAUCCUGCAUGGGCUUUUGGCUUACCCAUUUGGGCUCUCAGGAUACCUCUAUCAUUCAUUGAAUCGGGGAUAUGGAUCAUUUUUACUUAUUAUACCAUAGGGUUUGCUCCUGCUGUUAGCAGGUUUUUCCGACAGUUCUUGGCAUUCUUCGGUAUUCAUCAAAUGGCUCUCUCACUUUUUCGGUUCAUUGCUGCAGUAGGAAGAACACAGGUAGUUGCAAAUACACUUGGAACCUUUACCUUGCAAAUGGUGUUUGUACUUGGAGGAUUCAUUGUUUCUAAAAAUGAUAUUGAGCCAUGGAUGAUAUGGGGCUACUACAUUUCUCCUAUGAUGUAUGGACAGAAUGCUAUAGUCAUGAAUGAAUUUCUUGAUAAAAGAUGGAGUGCACCUAAUACAGAUCCAAGAUUUAACGAAACAACAGUUGGGAAAGUUCUUCUGAAGUCCAGAGGCUUCUUUGUGGAUGACUACUGGUUUUGGAUUUGUAUUGGAGCACUAGUGGGAUUUUCUAUUCUUUUCAAUGUUUUAUUUAUUGCUGCAUUGACGUACCUGAACCCUUUGGGUGAUUCAAAAGGGGCAGUUAUUGAGGAGAAUGAUGGUAAAAAGAAACAGCCAUCCUCUGGUCGGUGCAGACAAGAGACACUUGAAGUGAGAAACUCUUCAGAAAUUGUUGAAGUUGAAGAUUACGAACCAAGAAGAGGAAUGAUUUUGCCCUUCCAACCCCUUUCACUAGCAUUCAACCAUGUUAACUACUAUGUGAAUAUGCCGGCUGAAAUGAAGAGUCAAGGAGUUGAGCAAGAUCGUCUCCAAUUGCUAAGGGAUGUUAGCGGUGCUUUCAGACCAGGGAUACUGAUGGCCCUAGUGGGUGUUAGUGGUGCUGGAAAGACUACCCUGAUGGAUGUAUUGGCAGGAAGGAAGACUGGCGGGUACACUGAAGGAAGUAUCUGCAUUUCUGGUUACCCAAAGAACCAAGCAACAUUUGCUCGUGUUAGUGGAUACUGUGAGCAGAAUGACAUUCAUUCACCACAUGUUACUGUUUAUGAAUCUCUCCUGUUCUCAGCCUGGCUUCGUCUUUCAUAUGAUGUAAAGAAAGAAACACGAAAGAUGUUUGUUGAAGAAGUUAUGGAGUUGGUUGAGCUCAAACCACUGAGGGACGCAUUGGUUGGACGUCCUGGAGUAGAUGGUCUUUCAACAGAACAGAGGAAAAGGCUGACAAUAGCUGUAGAGUUGGUUGCAAACCCUUCUAUCAUCUUCAUGGAUGAACCGACAUCUGGGCUUGAUGCUAGAGCCGCAGCCAUUGUUAUGCGUGCUGUGAGAAAUACAGUUAAUACAGGGAGAACUGUCGUCUGCACAAUUCACCAACCGAGCAUAGACAUUUUUGAAGCAUUUGAUGAGCUAUUGUUGAUGAAAAGAGGGGGGCAAGUAAUUUAUGCUGGACCUCUUGGCUGCAACUCGCACAAGCUUGUGGAAUAUUUUGAAACUGUCCCAGGGGUUCCUAAGAUCAAGGAUGGUUAUAAUCCUGCUACGUGGAUGCUUGAGAUUAGUACCCCUUCAGUUGAGGCUGAACUGGAUGUGGAUUUUGCUGAAAUAUUUGUCAACUCAUCCCUUUUUCAGAGGAAUCAAGAACUCAUUAGAGAGCUUAGUAGUGCUGCACCAGGUUCGAAGGACCUCUACUUUCCGACCAAAUAUUCUCAGCCUUUUAGCGCUCAAUGCAGUGCUUGUUUUUGGAAGCAACAUUGGUCCUACUGGAGGAACCCACAGUACAACGCCAUCCGCUUUUUCAUGACUAUAGCUAUUGGUAUUUUGUUUGGGGUCAUCUUCUGGAACAAGGGACAGAAGACAGACAAACAACAAGAUUUGAUGAACCUCCUGGGAGCUUUGUAUUCUGCUGUGCUUUUUCUUGGAGCCACCAAUGCUUCUGCAGUGCAACCUAUUGUUUCCAUUGAGAGAACUGUUUUCUAUCGUGAAAGGGCAGCUGGGAUGUAUUCCGCACUGCCUUACGCAUUUGCUCAGGUGUCUGUAGAAGCAAUAUAUGUAGCAGUUCAAACUCUUGUUUACACUCUUCUCCUCUACUCCAUGAUUGGGUUUGAAUGGAAGGCAGCCAAAUUCUUGUGGUUCUAUUACUACAUAUUGAUGUGCUUCAUCUAUUUCACAUUGUAUGGGAUGAUGGUUGUUGCCCUUACUCCAGGACACCAGAUUGCAGCCAUUGCCAUGUCCUUCUUCCUAAGCUUCUGGAAUUUGUUCUCCGGUUUUCUCAUUCCUAGACCGCAAAUCCCCAUUUGGUGGAGGUGGUACUACUGGGCUUCUCCGGUGGCUUGGACACUUUAUGGCCUCAUAACCUCCCAGGUUGGCGACAAAAGCACCAAUCUGGAAAUACCCGGAGCAGGAAGCAUGCCAUUGAAAGUCUUCCUCGAAGAAACCUUUGGUUUUCAUUAUGACUUCCUUCCAGUAGUUGCUGUAGUUCAUGCUGGUUGGGUUCUCCUCUUCUUCUUUGUCUUUGCCUAUGGCAUCAAGUUCCUCAACUACCAAAAGAGAUAACCAGCUUUAGCUCCCAACAGCAACAGGAAUGUAUUACUUAGCAGAUUUUCCCCUGCAUUUCUGGUUUCAUCAGUUUGAGAAUCGUCCAAUUUUCUCUAUUACUCGUUUUCCAUUGUCUAUAGUUGCAUUAAUUUGUUUCAUGUUACAGACCACUAUGUUGCUUAAUGUUAUGCCCCCACGCCCGGGAUGUCUUGGCCAAAAGUUUGUAAACACUUGACCCUCAAUAGGGUAAAGCAAACAACACCUCAUCAUAGCCGAAUUGAUACUAUUGCCUUUGGUAUAGUUCCAUUUUGGAUUAAAAACUUUAUUUUACGGGAAAAGAAAAGAAAAAAAAAAAAAAAUAAGGGAAUUCAUUUUUCAUUA